AACAAGGAUUGUUAGACUAAGACUAAAUUGUUUAGCGCGGGAGUCGUUUAAAGAAUGGCCGGUCUCUACCAUCAUGUGAUUUCCUUAGAAACAUUUUUACUAUUAAUAGGUACACACACAAAGCAAUUAAGGCACCAACGAAGGCAAAUUACCAGUAUUUCUCUGUGGGUAGUAGUAGUAGGAGGGUCUUAAUUCUUUCAUCUUAUUAAAAGAUUGACACGUUUUAGCUGCACUGUCAUACAGAGGAAAUUGAUCCAUCAUAAUUUAUUAGUGUUUGCAAGUAAUGCUCUAAUUGAGUUUAUCUAUAUCAGUUUUCCUGUUACUAUAAGUAUGUUUGCAGAGCACAUGAGUGGGACACUGGAUUAGUUUAGUCUUGUCUAUUCAGUUACUACAAUGUCACGGACAGCACACUACGUAACAAUCCUGUUCAUAGCACUUCUAAAUUCUUCCUUUAGCCAUGGCAGAAGGAUACGAUACUUGAAUUUGCGUGAAGGGUCAACUUGUUCAUGGAAGGGUUUAGAUGGAGUUUGUGCCAACAUAUACAACUGUCGAAGUACCAUGAAAGACUUUCGAUACGGGGACCCCCCUCCGAUAUGUAGUUUCCAAGGAGUAAAAACGAUUGUGUGCUGCACUGACUGUGAAUUGAAAGACAUUUCAACCGGGGUAUUUCAAAUAAAUCCUGGAGUCCCAGCGUGGCUCUACAAAACUGGAGAGAAGGCGAGGGACCAUUGUUUAGACUACCUGAAUCAAUUAGAGAAGUGCAUACCUCAUACAAUUUAUCAAUAUGAAACGGAAAAGCACCCGACUAAGAACUGCAACGAUAUUUUAAUAUCCAUUGUCGGAGCGGCUGGAGGGAAAGACGCCAAUCGAGAUCAAUUUCGACAUAUGGCCCUGCUGGGGUAUGGAAAAGACAUCAACUCAGCGCAAUGGAUGUGCGGCGGAUCGCUCAUCAGCGACAAAUUCAUUCUCACAGCUGGCCACUGCACAGCAGCUCCUAGAGUAGGCCCAGUGCGGUACGCCGCGCUAGGUAUCCUGAAGCGCUCGGACCCGCUGGAGCUGUGGCAGCGGUACCUCGUGAAGAGGAUAGUGCGUCACCCGCAGUACAAGCCGCCAUCCAAGUAUCAUGACAUCGCUCUGCUGGAAACCAACAAAAGGGUAUUUUUUAACUCGCACGUGUUACCCGCCUGUCUUCAUAUUAUGCCUCAAAACUACUCGGAAAGUUUUGCCAGAGCGACCGGUUGGGGCGCACUAGGCCGUCGUCGUGAAUUGGCCGACACCUUGCAAGCAGUGCUCCUAGAUCGAUAUGACUCUCAUGAGUGCAGCCAGCUGUACCCGAAGCACAGACAUAUGCGGCACGGGUACAAUCACACCACGCAAAUGUGUUAUGGGAGCAGACAGGAAAUCAGGGACACUUGUGAGGGCGACAGCGGCGGACCACUCCAGAAUGCAGCUUAUAUUUCUGAAUGCGUGUACACUAUCCUCGGAGUGACAUCAUCAGGCAUUCCUUGUGGUGUCGCCGGUAACUCCGGCGUGUACACCAGGGUGCUGCCAUACGUGCCUUGGAUAGAGAGCGUCGUGUGGCCGGACUGGCCGGACUGGCGAACGGAUUAAUGCAUAAAAAUUAACCUUGCAAUUAGUUCAUGUAUCAAUAAACUAUUUCGAUGACCAUUUUCA